AAUCCGCUUGCGGCGGAUUAUUGUAAUCCGACAGAGGGUUUGGACGACACAUCGGAUCACGACAAAAACCAAAGCCCAGCGGCCUGUAACAGAUGCACCUCGUCCAAGAAUAAAAGGAUAAACUUGAGAUAUGAUCUGACGCACUCCUCAGUUCUCCUCAAGGCAGUCAUCGGCGGCGCCCAGGACCGUUUCCUGGACCAGUCCACUCGUCUGACAGAAAUUGACAGCGGCUUGGCAUCACUGCACCGUAGACCUGAGGAGAUAGGAAAAGCUUUAAUUUGUUGGUUAAAGAGAUCUCCCCCUUUCCCUUCCCCCGUCAGGUUUAACUCCAGCCCAGAUCAGCUUGGUUGCCCUGUCGCGGAGUGAAGCGCUGCUGCUCCGAGGCGCUGCUGACACACAACUAGCUAGCGCAGCUAGCUCACUCCAGCUAGCUAGCUAGCUAGUAAGGAAUUCAUCAAGUUUAGUUAGGAAUUUAGCUAAUUUUCCCACCCACGGCCCCGAAGAACGGAGGAUGUCGGCGAAAGACCAAAACAAGCUCUCCACCACUGAACGACCAAUUAAAGCGGUGCCAUAUCCUCCCGGUACACGCCUAUCGGUCAAAGACCUGUAUGUGGAUGGGAGGCCCAGUGUGGAGCUGCUAAAGGCCCAUCUGGUGAAGGAGGGCCGGCUGGAGGAGGAGGCAGCUCUGCGAAUCAUCAAUGAGGGAGCUGGCAUCCUUCGCCAGGAAAAAUGCAUGCUGGAAGUGGAAGCUCCUAUCACAGUGUGUGGAGAUGUUCACGGCCAGUUCUUUGACCUGAUGAAGCUUUUCGAGGUGGGUGGAUCCCCCAGCAGCACCCGCUAUUUGUUUCUUGGAGACUACGUUGAUCGAGGGUACUUCAGCAUUGAGUGUGUGCUGUACCUGUGGGCUCUGAAGAUCAACCAUCCAAACACUCUCUUCCUCCUCAGAGGCAACCACGAGUGCCGGCAUCUCACAGAGUACUUCACCUUCAAACAGGAGUGUAAAAUAAAGUACUCAGAGCGUGUAUAUGAUGCUUGUAUGGAAGCAUUUGACUGCUUGCCUCUGGCUGCACUCCUCAACCAGCAGUUCCUCUGUGUGCAUGGAGGUCUGAGUCCUGAAGUCACUUGCCUGGAUGACAUACGGAAGCUGGACCGGUUUAAGGAACCUCCUGCAUUUGGGCCCAUGUGUGACCUGCUGUGGUCAGACCCAGGAGAGGACUACGGCUCAGAAAAAACCCAGGAACACUUCUGCCACAACAGUGUCCGAGGCUGCUCUUAUUUCUACAGUUAUCCAGCAGUAUGUGACUUCCUGAUGAACAAUAAUCUGUUGUCUGUAAUACGAGCACAUGAAGCCCAGGAUGCAGGGUAUCGAAUGUACAGGAAAAGUCAAACAACAGGCUUCCCUUCUUUAAUCACUAUCUUCUCUGCUCCUAACUACUUGGACGUGUAUAAUAACAAAGCUGCGGUGCUGAAAUAUGAGAAUAAUGUGAUGAACAUCAGGCAGUUUAACUGUUCUCCUCACCCCUACUGGCUGCCCAAUUUUAUGGAUGUCUUCACCUGGUCUCUGCCCUUUGUUGGAGAAAAAGUGACAGAGAUGCUUGUGAAUGUGCUGAACAUCUGCUCUGAUGAUGAGCUCAUGUCAGAAGGAGACGACACGUGCGAGGGUGGCGCACCAGCUGUCAGAAAGGAGGUGAUCAGAAAUAAGAUCCGUGCUAUUGGGAAGAUGGCCCGCGUCUUCUCUGUGCUCAGAGAGGAGAAUGAGAGUGUGUUACAGCUGAAGGGGCUAACCCCCACUGGAACGCUGCCUCUGGGAGUUUUGUCUGGAGGUCGGCGGACUCUGCAGAGCGCCACCGUAGAGGCAGAAGAGGCACGAGUAAGUUCAUCAUGGUGGUUGAACCAGUAUUUCACUUGUUGUAUUGUCUUUGAUACUGAUGCUCUUGGAUCUGCUGUGUUCAACAGGAUCAGAAUUUAAAGCAGCGUUGAUACUGAUGCUGAAACAAUGCUGAGUGUUGUUUGCCUCCAGUUAGGCGGGAUCUAUUACAUUAGUUCCCCUUUUAGCUUGUCAGUGCUGUUGGCUAAUUGUAAAACUAGCUUGUAGACCCCUGCUAGUUGUGCAAUGUCACCUCAGUAUGUGUUUGUUUCAUCACUCAUUCAAUAAACUAAACUAGAACACUACCUGUAUCCUUGUUUAUACACGUAGAGACAUAAGAUAGAGCCCUUAAUUGAGAUUUGUUUAGGUCUGUGGAUUAUUCUACUUUGCUUUAUGCCUGUUGUUACUUUCUGCUUAAUGCAAAAAGGAUUUAUAAUCAAAUAGUACGACAGGCUGAAACAUAAAAUGAAAUAUAAAAUCUGCCUCAUGCAGUAAAGUUAGCUGGAUGUGAAAUAUUUGAU